AACUGUUAGUAGCACAUGUUAGUAUUUUGAAUUUUAAAUUUUGUUUUCAGUUUUCCUAAAGGUACUUGUAUGUUUAAAAGUUAAGUGUUUUAAGCCAUAUAACAAAGAAUUGAAUUUACUUGCAAGGUGUAAUUUUUUUUUUUGCUGUAUAACGAGAAACAAAACCGUGUAUUGUUCUAUGAGUACCAUUGGUAGUGUAUAACGAUAACAAAUAAACUGCUGUAGUUGCUGUUAAACAGAGGCUGUUACUUCAAUUUUUAUAACUUUAUUAUGAAUAACGUAUUCUACCGCAAUUAAAAUAAUUAUUCAUGGAUCUCGUGCAACGUUUUGCUACUGUUGAAGAUUUAAGUGACCCUACAUUGUUAGAUGAUUUACAAAUGCAUUUAGAAAAGAUUCAAACUGAAGAUGAAGAGUUCAUGCAGAUACUCUUAAUAAAAAAAGAUGAAAUGAUUAUUACGUGGGAACAGCCCUGGUAUCAACGUACAAAUUGCUUAACCAGACCACUUAAAACAGACACUGAUGACACAGCAGAGACAUAUCUAACAGAUACUAUUUGUUCUGAAGAAAGUGAAAAAAUAGGUAAAAACUGGAAGGUCUUUCGAAAGACUUAUGACGUUCCAAAUAAACCAGAGUGUCUAGCAAGAUGGCGAAAUAAAGAUAAAUCUCGACACCCAAACACUCCAGAAGAGUUCGUAAGAAGAUUUGUAAUGGCAUAUUUAGCUAGAGGCUUGAAUAGAACUGUGCAUCAAGUAUAUAAAUUUUUCAUAACUCAUUAUGGUAGUCCGUACAAGGGGCGAUAUUCUUCAUAUGAAGAAAAUAUUAUGGCAAUUUGUGUUUAUCAUAAUCCCAGGAAUGUUGUCCCAUAUUUAUCGGCAGUCCUUGGACGAGAACCAAGAGGAAUUUAUAAAAAACUGCAUCAGAUUUAUAAUGGGAAACCCGAAAGCAAAAAACUGAAAUGGACAUUGCCUCUGGCUACGAAAUUUUUGAACCUACUUAUUAAAUACAGUGGUGAACCAUUAGAAAAUUUAAAAAAUAAAAGAAUUGAUAAGUCAGUGUGGCUUCAACUUGAGAAUGAUAUGGAUCAACAAUAUAUUUAUUUACAAAGUUUUUGGUACCACACACUACACGUUCAACUCUUUGUGAAGUAUGAUGUAAAACUAAAUAAACUAAGGAAGAAAGUUUUAAAAAAAUUAAAACUUUAUCCAUAUCGAAUUUGGUCUGAUAUAAGGUGGAAAGAAAUUCUCAAACAUUUUGAUGAUGGCUUUAGUCAUGGUUUUUUAUAUAAAAUUACGUAUUGCAUAUUCAAACACUACAAAAGGUAUCGUCAAAUCCCUAUGGAGGAAUUAUUAGUUUAUGGUCUGCAAAAAGUUAAAACAAUACCAAAUAAAAGAUUAAGAACAUUGAUAUUAAAUGAAAAACAAGAGCUGGAGGUAAUAAGUUACAAGAAGUAAACUAUUUUUGUUCUUUAAUAAGAAUUUUGAAACAAAAA